AACACUCCCUCCUGUAUUGUGUGUGAAGCGCCUUUGUUUGCACAAAUGCAGCCACAAGCUAGUAUCCAUCUGAAGGAUAAAACCGUGUGUCGUUUCUGUGGAACUGGAAAUCCUAUAAAUCUAAAGCACUGUGUGACUUGUGAGGCCAAACUUCCAGAAACUCAGACGCCAAUAUACAGCGGAGAUUCUGCACCUCCUUUACCUAACCAGAUGGGAAAAAUGCAGGCUUGUUCCAAGUGUGGUCGUGUGAAUUUGGCAGACGCUCGUUUCUGUGACUGGUGUGGGGCGAAGCCAGGGCUCUCUGUGAGUUAUCUGACUUGCUCUAAGUGUGGGGCCAGCAAUCAUCCCUAUGCCCACUUCUGUGCAACCUGUGGGGUUUACUUGGAGCCUCCGGGACGAUUCUCAGCCCACAACAACAGGAUGGUAAACAGUACAAGCCUCAUAACACCAUCUGCAGAUUUAGAUGGUCGUGCUUCCUGGCAACCAUUAUCGGUCUCAUUGCCAGACCCUAGACUAGGUACAGAGAAAGUGGACAAAAGGACCCAGACUGUAGGAUUGUUUUACCCAUCCAGCAGACGUAUGGAGAAGAAGGAGAGAUGGAGCUGUUAUCAGAGAAAGAGAAGAAGGAAAAGAUGAGUGAUCGCAAACCUCUUCUCACAGCAGUCAGUCCAGGCCAAGACUAUUGGAGGCAGCAGUUGGAUCAUAUUUGUGCUCAUUUGCGCUGCUACACACAGAAUAACACUGAAUUUAAGGAAUUGAUUGGUAAACCUCGGAUGGGAAGAAUUAUAUCAGCCACAAUGCAUGAAGAUGGAUAUGAAGUCAGUCUGAGGUUAAACUAUGUCCUAGUUACAGACAAGAAUGUUGUGACUGGAAAGCCAAUAAAUCUGUCCAGCAAUCACUUCCUGAGCAAGGUGACAGAAGGCAGAGAUGAUAUGGAUGAGACACAAUCCAGUGUGGCAAGCGAGGAUGGGCUGACUGCCAGAAGCAACAACUCAAAAAACAAACGAUCAAAGAGGAAGAAUAGGAAGACUCUACAGAAAGAAGAUCGACUUCCUCCUGAAGAUCGGAAACUUCUGAAGGAAGUUGGACCCAAAGGUGAAGGUAGAAUUGCUACUGUUGAGGAACUCUUGGAUGAGGGAGCAGAUCCAAAUUGUAGUAACAAUGAAGAUCGUCCAGUGCUAACAGUGGCAGUUCUCAGUGGACAUCACAAAGUCAUACCUGUACUAGUGCAGAAAGGAGCUGAUAUUGACCAGCAGUCUGGAUCGCAAAAUAACACUGCUCUCCACGAGGCUGUCCAGCUUGACAUGGAACGGAAGAUGUGCACUGAAGUCUUGCUAGGAUGCAAUGCAAGCAUAAAAAAGAAAAAUAAUAAAGGGAUGACUGCAUAUGAUUUAGCUCUAAAGAGUGGAAAUGACCAGAUCUCCUCACUCUUUGCCUCCAAACUGGGACAAGGUAUGCUGGAUAAACUCACCAAACCAAAAAACAUCAGCCUGGAUGUGUUCUAA